UGGAUAGAAACAAGUGCUUGGGCUCAGAGGCCUUGAAUGGCUCCCACUGUCCCCAUGGACAGUGAGUCCCGACAGCAUAAAUUGGAACCGUUACCCACCUUUCGCCCCUAGCUGACACCUCCACCCUGGAACCCAAGGCCUGAGCUGUCCCCUCCACGUGUCUGUGCUCUCUUUAAUGCCCUGCCUGGGGGCUGGGAGCAGUGAGGAUGUGGAUGUGAGGUUGAAGGUUUCUCAGGGAAUGAGCCAGAGCUGCCAGAAGAGGCAGAGUGUAACCCAGACUGCAGAUAAUGGGAAGAACGCGUAAUGUAAGUGACCUGAAGGAUCUACAGGGGAAAAGCAGAGAGGUGGGCAUGUGGGCACCUGGUGCCUUGUCCCAGCCAUGCCACCAGCUAGCUGUGAGGCUUUGGGCGAGACCCUUGCCCUCUCUGGCUCUCAUCCAAGGAAUGAGGAAGUUGGAACAAAUGAUGAAUCCCUAAGACCCCUUCUAGCUUUGACAUUCUUUGAGUUUCAUUCCAAAACCCUGUACUCCCCCAGGUAAGCAAGGCCAGGGCUUGCCCCAUCCUCCCCACACAAGCUCAGGCUGCACCCACUCCUGGGCUGGGUUCCCAAGGAAGAGCCUGCAGAGAGGACAGCCCGGAGCUGCCUGCACCAGUCAGUGCAUGGGGGCAGGGGUGGCAGACCACUUUGUGGAUUGAUGGAGCUCAGGAAGGUGAGAAGGGACCCACAGGUGAGAGUUUCGCCCUCCUGGUCAUCUCUUUAGGUAAAUAAAUCCACAUCCGCCACUUCCCCUUCCCUUCCCACCCUGGGGGCGCUGAGAACUCCAGGGAGCCCAGAGCUGAGGCCUGAGCUCUGCUUGCUCACACUGGGUCUUCCCUCAGAGACCCCCAAGCCCUCCUAUCUCCUGCAGUCACUGUCAUCCACCUUUCUGUAGGGAGGGAACAGCGUGCAGCUCUCUGUUCACCAGUCUCCAGGACCUCGGAUUCCACCUUUAAUCCUGAAAACCCAGGAAGGCUUCUGUAUCCCUACAAUGAAGCAGGUUUGGGGCUGGAUCUGGAGGGUGGCAACUCAAUCCAUGCAGAACAGAAGAAGCAUGGACUUUUCCAUUCUGGCUAUUCCAUUCACUAGCUGGGCCAUUCUGAGCAAACUACCUCCCAAUGUGCCUCAGUUUCCUCAUCUGCAAAAUGGGCUAGUCGCUGGCAUUGUACCAAGCAGUAUGGGACCGGAGGUCAUGGGAAGAGGCUGGUAGGCACUUCAUCCCAGGCAGCUGCUCAGGGACACAGGACACAGGGACCGGACUCCGAGCUGCUCCUAGCUCAGAGAGGCUCCAGGGACAGGCACUGGAAGGAAGGGGAUGCAGAAUGGUGAGUGGAGCUGGGUCUCAGAACACAGACAUCUUGAAGUCUGCUAUGUGCUGAUUUCACACUUGACCCCCCAACACCCUAAGGCAUUCCUGUCCUCAUUUCUCAGAUGGAACUACAGAGGCCCAGGGAAAAGGGGCUUAGGCCAGGACACCCAGCUCUUCUCCGAGUCUCUGUCUCAGGCCAGCUUUUGCAACUCUCCAUUGGGAUUCUUCCUAGACCUCCAUCUGUACCUGCCAACCCACCUCUGACCCCCAACCUGUUGCACCCAGUAUUUGCUGCCGGUCAGGACAGCCUUAACCCCUCCUUCCCGGGCAAUCAGCUGCUCCAAGCCAAGCCCACCCCUGCCCCCUGGAGGGAGGCUCCUCCUUUUAAGGCUGCUUCUGGGAAUUUCCACUCCAGAGCCAGAACCAGAGACCCCAGCCCCGCUUGACACCUGCAGCUCACCCGCGGGGAGGGGGGGCGCCAGACCUGAGGGCAGGAGACGCAGACCUGGAGGGGCUCCCCGUCCCUGGCCUGCCACACAUCGAGUUUGCCUGCAUCAAGUUUGGCCAGUCUGUGAGGGUCAGGAAUAGAGCAGGAGACAGCAGGGCCACCUCCUUCAGAAGGCCCCCACUGCUCCAUCCCUGUACUGGGUGGCCCAGGAGAGACUGGCAGCCCAGAGGGCACAGCGCGCACGCCCCCACCCGCAUCUGCUUUGCAGCCUCACUGGCCAGGAAGGUGGACACCUCAUACCUCAGUCUCCCAAUUACGCCCUCCUCCUCCCCCUCCUCCUCCCUCUUUUCUCUCCUCCUCCUCCCCUUUCUCUCCUCCUCGCCCCCCUGAAAACCUGUGGCUCGGAGAGACCUUGGCUUCUCUGGGACUCUACCCCUGGGGACUUCCCACAUCUGCUCCUGAGCUUGGGGGCAGGGGGGCAACCGCCUGAGGAACCUCUCCAGCGAUGGGAGCCGCCCGCCUGCUGCCCAACCUCACUCUGUGCUUACAACUGCUGAUUCUCUGCUGUCAAACUCAGGGGGAGAAUCACCCGUCUCCUAAUUUUAACCAGUACGUGAGGGACCAGGGCGCCAUGACCGACCAGCUGAGCAGGCGGCAGAUCCGCGAGUACCAACUCUACAGCCGGACCAGUGGCAAGCACGUGCAGGUCACCGGGCGUCGCAUCUCCGCCACCGCCGAGGACGGCAACAAGUUUGCCAAGCUCAUAGUGGAGACGGACACGUUUGGCAGCCGGGUUCGCAUCAAAGGGGCUGAGAGCGAGAAGUACAUCUGUAUGAACAAGAGGGGCAAGCUCAUCGGGAAGCCCAGCGGGAAGAGCAAAGACUGCGUGUUCACGGAGAUCGUGCUGGAGAACAACUACACGGCCUUCCAGAACGCCCGACACGAGGGCUGGUUCAUGGCCUUCACGCGGCAGGGGCGGCCCCGCCAGGCUUCCCGCAGCCGCCAGAACCAGCGCGAGGCCCACUUCAUCAAGCGCCUCUACCAAGGCCAGCUGCCCUUCCCCAACCACGCUGAGAAGCAGAAGCAGUUCGAGUUUGUGGGCUCCGCCCCCACCCGCCGGACCAAGCGCACGCGGCGGCCCCAGCCCCUCACGUAGUCUGGGAGGCAGGGGGCAGCAGCCUCUGGGAGGCAGGGGGCAGCAGCCCCUGGGCCGCCUCCCCACCCCCUUCCCUUCUUAAUCCAAGGACUGGGCUGGGGUGGCGGGAGGGGAGCCAGAUCCCCGAGGGAGGACCCUGAGGGCCGCGAAGCAUCCGAGCCCCCAGCUGGGAAGGGGCAGGCCGGUGCCCCAGGAGCGGCUGGCACAGUGCCCCCUUCCCGGACGGGUGGCAGGCCCUGGAGAGGAACUGAGUGUCACCCUGAUCUCAGGCCGCCAGCCUCUGCCGGCCUCCCAGCCGGGCUCCUGAAGCCCGCUGAAAGGUCAGCGACUGAAGGCCUUGCAGACAACCGUCUGGAGAUGGCUGUCCUCAAAAUCUGCUCCCCGGAUCUCCCUCAGUCUGCCCCCAGCCCCCAAACUCCUCCUGGCUAGACUGUAGGAAGGGACUUUUGUUUGUUUGUUUGUUUCAGGAAAAAAGAAAGGGAGAGAGAGAGAGAGGAAAAUAGAGGGUUGUCCACUCCUCACAUUCCACGACCCAGGCCUGCACCCCACCCCCAACUCCCAGCCCCGGAAUAAAACCAUUUUCCUGCAAA